CACCACCCCUGCAGAAGUUUUUACAACAAGGUCCAACACUGACUCUCGUUGCAACGCAGACUUCAAUGCCACUCAGGGUCUGAAACGUGGGACAAAUCGCAGGGAGGACGAGCGAGAAUGGCAAAGCCCAAGAGCGAAAGCCUGCCAAACCGGCACGCAUACAAGCGGGUAUCCUACCUGCAUCAGGCCGCCUCGUACCUGGCGACUGUGCAGAUCCCGGACGCCGGCUCACCUUCAAACUCAUCAUCACGGUCUCAAGAAGACGCGCAGCUCGCCAGGAACGAUAACUCGCGCUCAAAAAAUGAGAAAGUUGCUCGUCGAUUUGUCUCUGAUAUCCGAGCCGUCUGUCUCAAGGCUCAAAUUCGCCCGAGCCCGUCAGUCAAGCAGAUGAUGUGCAAGUACUGUGACUCACUGCUCAUCGAGGGAAAGUCUUGCACUACGACGGUUGAGAAUCUGAGCAAGGGUGGGAAGAAGCCUUGGGCCGAUGUUAUGGUCACAAAGUGCAAGACCUGCGACAACGUCAAGCGGUUUCCUGUCAACGCGCCCCGUCAGAAACGACGACCGUUCAGGGAACCCAAGACUGGUGAAGGGCAGGACGCAAUGGCUGAGGACACGACGGCUGAAGCCUCUGCUCAAUCAACUGGAGGUGAAUGAGAAUUGGCUGCCCCUCACUUCAACGAAAUUAAACACCACCAAGUGAUAUCUGAGUGGUAAGCCGUUGUCAGAAGGCUCCUAGAUAGAGGAGACCAGAGCUAUCUAAGAAGAAGCUAUGUCGCUCGUAGAGAGGCCGAAAAUCUGGCACACUCUUACAUCAGGUAUGAUCUCUAUUGGGAUAGAAGACAUGGGAAUGCCUAACAAGACUAUUAGAAUCAUUCGCAAAGCGCGCAGCUUGUAGCUCGGCCCAACUACCAGAUUAAAGACACUCCCAAAGGAAGUGGCAGCUAGAUACCCUA